AUGUUAGAACCAGGAUUUAAUGGAACAUGUACCAGUACCACUGGAUGUCUUAGUAACUUGACAUGUUUAUCUGUUACUGAGAUGGAGGGUACUUGUGGUUGUGAUAAUACUCAGUAUCAUAAUGAUAAUAAUUGUAUACCUAAAGGAGGAUAUGGUGAUUCUUGUAUUACCACAGCAGACUCUUGUAAUGUUGUAAAUGGUAGUUGUUAUAUGACAAAAUGUUCCUGUAAUGAGAAUUAUUAUACAGAUAACAACAUGUGUAAUUCAGUUGAUGGACUUAAACCUACAGGUGUUGGAAUAGAAGGCACAGCAACAUCAAGUAAUGUAACUAUAAAGUGGACAGUUCCUACAAAAGAUUCUAUACAGAGUUUUAAUAUUAAAGGAAAUGGACCGAAUAUUGAAAAAACGCAGUUGAAUAAAAAUUUUACGGCAGUGACUAUUGCUGGACUAACACCAAAUACACAAUAUACAGAUAUAAAAGUUGAAACUGUUGUAAAAACUGACAGAAAUUCUUCUCUAGUUGUAACAUCAGAUCCACCCUUUAUCAAUUUUACUACAUCUAGUCCGGACGGAGAACGGCUUGGUGUAGAAGGUUUAUAUAGAAACAACAAUCAGUGUAAUAAUGAUAGUAACAAUAAUAAUACUAUCAAACUAGUUUCUAUACAAACAACAAUCAGUGUAAUAAUGAUUAAAAUUCUAUGUGGUGCAUACUAG